GCUCAGUCACACACCUGCGCGGUAGCUGCCGAGAGCAAUUCGCAGUGGUUGCCGGGAUCGUGGUGAUGUGCCCCACCCCGCCCCGCCCCCUCCCCGCCCCGCGAUGUCGGAGGAAACCCGACAGAGCAAGCUGGCUGCGGCCAAGAAAAAGUUAAGAGAGUAUCAGCGGAAGAACAGGCCUGGUGGUCCUGCAGGAGGAAAAAAGAAGAAAAACCUUAAAAACGGCAGUAGCCCUGAGACAACCACUUCUCGGGGUUGUCACUCAACUGAGGAUGCGCCCAAAGACCGCGCUGCUCCUGCACCACCCUCUGCUGAUGCCACCGUGUUACUUGGCGGUUUAGCGCCUCCUGGCGCUAGUCUAACUAGCAUGGCACCAACUCAGAUCCAUGAUGCUGACCAUGGCCCUGUCCUCACAGAUGAGAUCAAGACAUUGUCCUCCACAGAGAGCCUGCAUCAACCUGCUUGGCAGCUCAAUGGUCUUGUCUCUGAGUCAACGUCCUACAUCAAUGGAGAGGGCCUCACAUCUUCCUACAUGAAGGAUCUGGAGAGCCAGUACCAAGAGCUGGCAGUAGCCCUGGACUCCAGCUAUCUAACAAACAAACAAUUCAGUAACACCAUAGAGGAAUUGAAACAACAGAACCAAGAAACUAUGGAGCAAGUGGAAAAACACACCAAGGAGCUGACCAAAGAGCGAGAUGCUCUGAAACUGCUGUUAUACAAGAACAACAAAAACAAUGAGGACCUGAAGCAGCAGAACUCUGAGCUCUGAGAGAGGCUUGGAGUCCUCAUGACUGAAAAGAAGACCCUGCAGCUGGGCAUGGAGGAGCUGCAGAAGAAGCUGGAAAUGUCUGAGCUGCUGCUGCAACAACUCUGCACACUGAGGGAGGAGAAGGAGCACAGCCUGAGUCAGGUGCGGGAGCUGGAGACCACCGUGGCCGAGCUCAAGAGCCAGAUGGCUGAGCCUCCCACCCCAGAGUCCCCAACUUCCCCCGCGGGGCUGUCGGAGGUGGAACAGCAGCUGCAGGCGCAGGCUGAGCAGCUGCAGAAGGAGCUGGAGAGCCUGGCGGGGCAGCUGCAGGCCCAGGUGCAGGACAACGCAGGCCUGAGUCGCAUGAACCAGCAGCAGGAACAGUGGCUGCUACAGCUGGAGUGGGAGGUGGAGCUGUGGGGCAACCAGGCCGAGGAACGCACACAGAGCGACCACGUGACCAUCAGCCGCGCGCUCCUGCAGAACCGGGAGCUCAAGGAGCAGCUGGCCGAGCUGCAGGAUGACUUCGUGAGACUGAGCAAUGACAACAUGCGGCUCACCCUCUUGCUGCAGGCAGAGCAGAAACUCGGCCAGCUGCAGGAGAAGCUGGGGGAGCUGAAGGAAACGAUGGAGCUGAAGAGCCAGGAGGCUCAGGGUCUGCACCAACAGCACGACCAGUGCCUGUUCCACCUGCAGCAGCACGUGGCCACCUACACACAGCUGCACUCUGAGAAGAAGGCGCUACACAAGCAGAACCCUACUGCGCAGCAGCUCAGGAAGCAGCCACAGGAGAUGCAGAACCCCCAGGAGCACCCAGGCCUGGGCACCAACCACUGCAUCCCCUUCUUCUACCGGGCUGACAAGCAUGACGACAUUAUCGUAUAACACCAGAUGCCAUCAGCCUGGGGAGCCCCAACCCCAUCCUUGCCACUCCACCCCUGCUAGCCACCCUAUCCCCUGCCGUUCCUUCCCAGUUCCCUUCCCUCCCUAGCCAGAACCCCUGAUGGGGAGAGAAAGGCCUCUUUAGGCUGCCUCUCUGGAGGACCCUGGGGGCUCCUGGGGCCUCCUCAUUUCCAGCUCCAUCCUCAGAGGCCGUGACCAACACAGGCAGCAUUUGUGUGGCCCCCAGAACAGCCAAGACCAGGGGGUGCUCAUCCACUUGGGCAAGUCAGCCAGGCAGUUUUCAUCGCCCCUCUUGGGGCUAACUGUCAGCCUGGCCAGCAUAAUCUGGCCGGGAACAUCACGUGGGGGCAUCAGCAGGCACAGACAUGAGGGCAUCAGGGCGAGGAGGGCAUCUGAGUGAGGGUCAUUGCUGGGCGGGGGCACCCAGGCAAGGGCAUCACUGGGCAGGGGUCACUUCUGGGGCAGGGGCAUCAUCAUGGGCAAGGGUCACUUCCAGGCCAGGGGCAUCAUGGGUAAGGGUCAUUUCUGGGCCAGGGCAUCAUGGGUAAGGGUAUAUGGGCAAGGAGGGCACAAUAGGAUGAGGGUCAUCUCUGGGCGAGGGCAGUCCCUUAUUCAGGGAGGCUCCUGGUCCCAAAUCGCAGGAUGGCCUGGGCAAGCAGAGGCUAACUGCAGGCUGGGUGCUUACCACAGAUGGCACUCACGGUAGGCCAGGCGUGGUCCAGCUCUUCACUCCAUGCCUGUGCCCCCAGGCAGGCCAGCUGGGAGGCAUGGUCAACAGCCCUCAAAGGGUCGGCUGGGGCAGGCGAUGCAGGGGCGCCUGUCCCCUUACUAAGAGGCACACCAGCCAGGCAGGGCUGAGGCAGGCAUUCGGGGGACUCCCUUUUCUUUGGAGGCACUUUGAGGCAGGGCAGUAGGCAGCAUUCUGUCAGGCCCUAGAACAGUUUGGGCUAACUCUAGGCCUGAUGAGGGGAAGAGGCUGCCUCCAGUGGGCCUCCCCACCCCCACCCCAUGUACAUAUUGUACAUGUGUAACAUUUUGUAUAUUCUGGGGGUAGGGCCUCCCCUGUAUCAUAGCUGAGGCUGGAGCUCGCAAAUGAGGAGGAGGUCGUAAUAAUUAUUUGGGGCUGGGAAACUUAUUUAUUGACAGUCUAUGGCCCAGGAAAGAGGCGGAGACAGGGUUGUGGCACCCUGGUGAUGUGGCUCCUGUUAUUAUCUUGAAAUAAACAAAUUGAGCCAUACUGCUUGGCCCCGUGUGUGGCAACUUUGUCGCAGGGCCCAGAGUCUGCUGUGCUGCGGGUGGGCACUGCACAGGGCAGCAGGGCCUGUCAGCAGUGGGCAGCCUCUGUGCUGUGCUGAGCGUUCAGUGGGAUGAAGAAGCCUCUUCCAGGCUGCCCUCCUUACACUGCGACUCCGGGGGCACUGCCAGGUGUGUGUGUGUGUGUGUGUGUAUGAGUAUUUAUAGAUAUUUAUAGAACAGGGCAGGAGCAGGACCACAGAGGGGCACAAAUUUUCACCAAGGUCAUGCCUGGAGGUGUCAGCUCACCACAUAACAGAAAGUCAUAGAUGAAGGGGAGGCUUUGGGGCUGAGGGCCACUGUCAAGUCACAGAGCAGGUGUCUGGGCAGGCUUGGAAAGGGAGGUCUCCAAGGAAGAGGAGAGAUCUGGUUAGAGGUUGAAGGGGAGCCUGGGACACUCUGGACAGGACAGCCUUGCCUGACCCAAUCGUCUGGCAGUGGGAGAGAGAGCAGAGAGAACAGCGGAGA